AUGCGCAGUAACCUUUUCAUGUUAUUUGAGGAAAAGGACAUGACAUACCCGAACCGCGGUGCAUUCUAGGAUCUGAGCUGUCCUAUUUCUGUGUUGGUUGUUUGGUUCAUUCCAUUUUGGAAUGGUGAUGGGAAAAGAGAUGGGAAUGGGGCCUGGCCGAUAUAAAAAAAAAGAAAAGCUUUGUCUAGUCUAAGUCACACUAUUCACAUUCAUGCCUCGACCACAGGCGAGACCGCGACAGGGACCGCGACGAGCGGUUGAAGGACAGGAACAGAGGCCGGGACGUCAAGCCCUCUGGCAUGGCCCUGAACCCGGCUGUUGGCAGCGGCAUCGCAGGCCUCCUCUCCCACAAGCAGACGGCCAUGCAGCAGCAGAUCAACCCGUUCACCAACCUGCCCCACACACCGCGCUACUACGAGAUCCUGAAGAAGAGGCUCCAGCUGCCCGUGUGGGAGUACAAGGAGCGCUUCAACGACAUCCUGGGACGCCACCAGUGCUUCGUGCUUGUCGGAGAGACGGGCUCCGGCAAGACCACGCAGGUAACCAGGACAAGGGGUAGACGUGUGCAUGGGGGGUACUCACACAGUCAGUAAGUCUCAGUCAGUCAGUUACUCAAGACACAAACAGACACACACACUUACUCGCACUUAAUGCAGAGGUCGCACUGCAUGUUUCCUGAAGUGGCUGACAGCAAAUUAUGACUGGGAAAAACAUUGGAACGUUUGUCAAUAAUUUAUUGAUAUUGGUCUGUUAAGGAUUUACAUUCAUGUGGUGGUGAGACGGAAUGUAUCUAUUCAUUGUUCUCCAAGCCAUAUAGCAUUAUAUUCACAAACAAACGGUAACACAGCCAAGAAAAGUCAACUGAUAACUCGAUACUGACUGUUUCCUAUGAGAUGCCUGGGUGCCCUCACACACACUCCCGUUAUUUGCAGAAUAAUCCUGCCGCUGUGACCCAUCUCCUUUUCCCCCCAUCUUGAUUUGUUGACAUGUUAAAUGCAGUGUGUGUGUUUCCCCUCCCUGUAGCAAAGUGGUUGGUUGCCACUAACAGGCACUCAUCCGAGCCCAAGGCUAAUCCGGCAGAAGGAACAGUUUCUAACUUUAGGCCGCUCUUAGCAGGUCCCCUCGUCUUUUGAACAGUGUGCGGGGGGAUCCCCACCCGGGAGUGCCUAUCAGCAGAAAGCUGUCAGACUCUGUCUAAUACAAGCUAUCAUCUCAGCUUCUCUGGAGCUCGCAGUUGAUUAUCAGAGCGUGGGCGUGAUCGGGGACGGUGGCAUGGGGUUUACAGACAGUAAAUGGCAGUUUAUUUAUUCUUCGCUCUCCAAAACAUCCAUGCUAUCAAAGUGUCUGUGUUUUUGACUCAAAGCUAUCUUCAGUGCCAUUUUGUAAAGCGCUUUUGAAUGGUAUUGGUUUGGUUGCUGAUUUGUGGAAGGUGGGGAAGGUCAAGGGAUAGUAAAAGUGUGAAAAAAAAGUAAGAGUGUGGUUGAGUAACUUGUUCCUCUCUCCAUCUCCCCCUCUCCCUCCUCAGAUCCCCCAGUGGUGUGUGGACAUGGUGAAGGGCUUGGGCGGACCUAAGAAGGCGGUGGCCUGUACACAGCCCAGGAGGGUGGCAGCCAUGAGCGUGGCUCAGAGGGUGGCCGACGAGAUGGACGUCAUGCUGGGCCAGGAGGUCGGUUACUCCAUUCGAUUCGAGGACUGCAGCUCGGCCAAGACCUUCCUCAAGUAAAUGCCAGUCUCUACUGAAGUUGAACUUCCACAAACGGUUUUAUUUCACUGAGGUUGUUCAGUGAGGUGCAUCGUAGCAAUACAUUUUGCAACGGAAAACAAUUUAGCAUGUCCAGAUAGUACCUCCCUGUUGUUCUCUGUUAGCGAAAAAGUUAGAUUUCAAAUAUCCUUUACAAGCAAAACCUGGCUAAUUUAGCAGUACACAGUUAAUAAUUAAGUUGUUAGAUUAAAAUGUCCACUUUAAAGACUUACCUGUUGUGUUUCCUCCCUCGAUGCAGGUACAUGACAGAUGGUAUGUUGCUGCGGGAGGCCAUGAACGACCCCCUACUGGAGCGCUAUGGCGUCAUCAUCCUGGACGAGGCCCACGAGAGAACGCUAGCCACAGACAUCCUCAUGGGUGUCCUCAAAGAGGUCGUCCGACAGAGGUCCGACCUCAAGGUACAUGUCAAACCCCCAUACCCCUGGGUGCAAUGCACUGAACCUUGCAGGUAAAAAUGUCCUGAAUAGAGCUGACCUUAUUUCUACUUGACUCUACUUGUCAGAGGAGCAUGUCAGUUCUAUGCUGUAUUUCUAUCUAAAUGUUUCCUAACUUUGUGCACCACUGAAAGCGAUCUGAGCUUUCACGCAAGUGCCAGGUGAAUGCAACCCUGGCCUUGCCAACAGUUCCCACUCGCCAGUCUACAUUCCACAGCAUCUCAUAGUCAUGCCACAGAGUUUCUAAACCCAAAGGCGCCAAAUCGUGAGACUUCCAGGAACGCUUUUAGGGAUUGAGAUGUCAAUGAGAGAAGUGAAAAAUUAUUCCUUAGUUGUUCAUUUUCUCGAUUUCUAAAGGCACAACCUAGAUUUGUGCCAAUUUCUUAAGUCGCUGAACCUGUCGUUACUACAACCUUGUGAAAGUGACAAACUGACACGUUUUCGUUUGAAUGAUAAGUGCCUUUGAUUUAACAGCCGCAGUUCGACACAACCUGUAGACCCUGUGACGUGUUUCUGCGCAUGAGCUUAGCUAGCUAACGUCACCAUGACAUUGCCUACAAGCGAUCAGGGAUUUCUAUUGGAGAAGCAGUUUCUGCUGUGUUCGUUACUGCUUCUCAAAGCCCUGUACCGUUUGAUCCUCAUGUCUUCUCCUCUGCUCACUCUCCUAGACCCAAAUCCUACCUCCGACCUAGUGCUCUAUCCUACACGAGUGCCUGCUUCUCUGUGUGCACGCACCCGCUUGUGGACACGCACACGCACACACACACACACUCAAUUGUGGACACACACCCCCCCCCCCCCCCCCCCAGAAAAGCCUCAGUGGCAGUCUCUCCACAGGCUGACAGCUGUGUGUCUAUUGAGGAAAAGACAAACGUCAGCCAUUCAGCUCAGAAAUGCACGGCGAGUCCCCUAUGCGGCAGCAGCGAGAUUGCUCCCCGGGUCAGCCCAUUUAAGAGAAUCAGCCAGGGAUGGGGCUUUCAGUUUUUAUAGGCCGAAUGUGCCGGACACAAUUCUCAUAAAGCAGAUGGGUAAUGACUAGUUGUUCUCAGGGAUGGUAUCAAAGGUUACACACGUGUUCAGGGACUGUUAAAUAAGAUCUAGGUUAGUGGCAACGAUCCUCCCGGCCCUGCUCAUGUCCCUCUUCCCAAACUCCCUCCUCUCCCAAAUUUGAAGUUUAAUUUGCCUUGAUUAAGAGCAAUUAUAAUGUAUUGCUGUGCUUAAAGCGAAAUAGCGCAGAGACCGUGGACCAAAAUAAUGGGAGAGCAGAGAGGCGCGCUGCCUCCCGUCAGAAUCUUAAUGUGCUUAAUGGGCCCUAGGGGAGAACAUGGUGUGCCCGGAGACUUAUUCGGGCAGUGAGCAUUGUGAUCAGCAUGGGUCAGGGGCUCUGUCCUCCUGUGAUAUAUCCACCAUCUUGUUUCCUCUCACUUGGCCAGGGUCCAAUCUACACCCUCUUUCUGGUUCACGCCCGCUUCCUAUCCUCCUGCAUAGAAGUUAUCUAUUAUGUUUCCUAUGUCUACAAACCUGUUUUCGCUUUGUCAUUAUGGGGUGUUGUGUGUAGAUUUAUGAGAAUAUUUAGGAAAAAAUAUCAAUUUUAGAAUAAGGCUGUAACGUAACAAAAUGUGGAAAAAGUCAAGGGGUCUGAAUACUUUCCGAAUGCACUGUAUGUUUUACCUCCUAGGCCUUAUCCAUUUCAUCAGUCACCUGUGUCGACUAUCACUCUUAACUACCCUGUGGUGAGACUACACCAAACCCUACCAUUCUUCAACUUCUAAAUACUCCUACCUUAACCUUUAUCUACCUACACUAUACUAUCGUUCGUCGCUGUCCCCUGGUUAUAUGCAACCUCCUCUCUUCACAGUAUUGCUCCUGCUAAAAGCCGCUGUUUCGGAUUGCCCUUAGACACUGAUCUAAGAUAACGCUAAUCGUAACCUGAACCAUUAGGCCAAACUACAAUCUAGAACUCCGAUCAGUGUCUAGGGGCAACUUCAUCCUAUAGCAUCAUAUAACCCCAUCAGCAGCCAUUUUCUCUUCCCAGUCCUCCUCUCACCACCUUCUCCUUUGUCUUGUCAGGUCAUCGUCAUGAGCGCCACGCUGGAUGCCGGCAAGUUCCAGGUGUACUUUGACAGCUGUCCGCUGCUGACCAUCCCGGGACGCACGCACCCGGUAGAGAUCUUCUACACGCCGGAACCCGAGAGGGACUAUCUGGAGGCAGCCAUCCGCACCGUUAUCCAGAUCCACAUGUGUGAAGAGGAGGAGGGCGACUGUCUGCUCUUCCUCACUGGACAAGAGGUAGGCCCUUUUCUGCCACCAUUACAGCUUUUCACACGCGCACACACGAUCGAGAUGAUCAAUGCUUAGAUUAAUAGAGAUAUUGAAUGCAUGUGGCCUCGCCUGUUUGGAACCUACCCUGGUAAGAGGGAAAAAAAGACAGUGCCCCAGAUUUAGCCUUCCCCAUGAAUCCCUGACAUUAAGUAAUUUAUAAUUUUUUCACUCCUCCAAAUGUUGUCCACUGAUGUGUAAUGGAGGGUCAGGUUCAUGCCCAUAAUGAUGAAUUUGGUCACAGCUGGGAGGGCACACACCUGCCUGCCUUCCCCCAGAAACGUCUGUCUGCCUCCCAGGUCACGAGUGGGAGAGGCAGCCUGUCUCAGGGCUCAGCAGAGCUGCAGCGCCACACUGUUAUUCUCACCAUUCUCUCCCUACGUAAUGUAACAGUUUGUGUAGCUUAUGGUUGGGACAUGAGAACUAAGUGAGGUUUGUAUGAAUGCAACCCUAGACUGAGAUUAAAGGGAUACUUCGAAAUUUUGGCAAGGACACUUUAUCUACUUCCUCAGAGUCAGAUUAGCUAGUGGAUACCAAUUGUAUGUCUCUGCGUCCAGAAUGAAGGAAGUUAUAGGUAGUUUUAGCAAUAGCGCAAUGACUGGAAGUCUAUGGGAACAGUUAGCAAUUGCGCUAACGCUAGCUAGCAACUUCCUUCAAACUGCACACAGAGACAUAAAAAUGGUAUCCACGAGUUCAUCUGACUCUGGGGAAGUAGGCUAGAUAAAGGGCUGCAUUGCCAAAAUCUCGAAGUAUCCUUUUAAGACCGAGCGUGACUGUUAAUGUGCCUGGAGCUUCUCAUUUUGAAUGUAUGGAUUCCCUCACGUUGGCGCGGCGUCACCAUCCAGCGUAGCCAUCUUUCAAAAAAAUUAAACAUAUAUUUAGCUGAGUGCCCACCCAGUCGGAUAAUGUGACAGCCUAUUCAUUAACGGCAGUCAUUUGUCAUUCAUUGGCGGGCUGGGACUGCACUACCGCGCACCUACAUCCGUUUUCAUUGGCAGAUGCCGAUUCGAUGCCUGGUUCGUUAGGGAAGGGAUGAAGUCACGGAGGAGCAUUGUAUUUGAAGUGGUAUCAAUUGAGGGGCUGGUAAUUGAUUUUAGAUUUAGUGGUGUUCCAGCCACUCGGACAGCCAGGGAACAGCAUUGGCCUCCCCUAUUUGAAUGUGCAGAGGAGAAGCGAAGCUUUGCGGGAAAUUCGUUAAACAUUGUUUAGAGGUGGACGACGUCUUUUGAUGAGUAUCCACCCCCCUUCACACCUCCCCCAGCUCAAUAACGCUGAAUGCGUUGGGGUGUCAAGCUGCCGAGGCAAAGCAAGCAGUGCAGUCAGAGAGCACACCCACGGCGAGUUCAUUAACACUCUCCUAAUUAGGUUAAAGAAGUUAAUGUGAGGUAGCUCUGGAGGAGAUGGGUGUUCAAAGGGUGCCCCCCGGAGUGCAUCUUAACCUCUCGUCUCCCCGCAACUUUGAUGUUGACUAAUGAUCGGGGACGCAGAUCCGUCUUUGAGGUAAAGCUGUUUUCAUUUAUGACAAAUGAAAAGCGAAGGGGGCGGGAUUCUUUCCCGCCCUCCCUCCCUCCAUGUAUUUGGGGGAUAUUGUCCCUGCCGCGAACCAUUUAAAACAGACAAACUCAAACUCCCCAAAAAAGAGAGGCAAAACUUAUCACAGCUGCCUCGCCCUGAUAAGUCUCACCAUUUAAGCUGCCCCCUCAGCGGUUCACUUCAAAACAUAAAGAUUCGCCCGGGCCUCGGUUAAUUAAGUGGACCGAGGCGAGUGCCUAAUUGAGUCUGGUUAGGUGCCUGGUGCUCCACCGUAUCUCUCCUAGGGUCGCUGUGCACGCGCUCCAUUUCUCUUCAGGCACUGGCACACCAGCUCAAUCCCAGCGCCUUGGCAACGGUGUCCACUUUUCAUGACAGCUGCUGCAUCCAGAGGGUUGAUGGUCUAUUAAUACGUAGGCUAAUUUUAUCAAUCUAUUCAUUACACUUUCCCACUAUAACUUGUCAAUGUGUUGAUUACAUGGCUAUCGGUGGGAUGGAUUUGACUUGUGUAGUGGGUGAACACAGCAGGGAAAGAUUGGUCUAGGAAUGCAUUACUGUCUGCAUACAAAGUCCACAAACACACAGAGAAAUCCUAGCCGAGGUUGCCUAUGUUUUUGUGAUUUAUUAAAUCAGGGCAAAGCCUUGCCAAUUCUUAGGAGAGCAUAUUUUCUACUGGGUAGCUCUAGGUUGCAGUCAGUGUCACAUUGUGGCCUUGGUAUGACUAUCAAAAACGGUUCCCAUAAUUUCAGAAUACACCAAGGCUAUACCCCUUUCUGCCCCAGCCCCCUUCUCCUUCGCACUCCAAUAAAACAUUUAUUUGAAUCUGUAAGUGCAAAUUGUCACGUGACCCCCAACCAACCUAUAGAAGGUGCUGCACAGCUCCGUAGGGCCUGAAGGUGGAGCAACAGCACAGGCUGUGGCCGUUUACAUAUUGGUGUAUUUGUUUAAAGGGAAGAUUGCAGAGUUAGGUUUCUGUUAAACAUUCUGAUUGGUUUCAUCCUUCCAACUAAAUGUCCCAAUACUACAUAUUACUUUGUAUUUUUGGAAAAAUUUAUAUUUUAUCUGAAUUUGACCGAAGUCAUGUCGGAAAAGCGUUUCGGAAAAGUGAUGUCAAGAGAAGAACACACAACAGGAGUGAAGCCACUGUCAACAUAAGACGGUAAAGACCCACAUCAUACCAAGUCCUCAUUGUUUUAGAUAAAAUAUUUUGGCACUCUGAAUAAAGCCAACUUAUCAUCUGACCAUAUCCUGUGAUUUUCUUUAUUCUAUAUCAGAUAAAGAUGUUAUUUUAUCACUUUUACAGCACGCAAGCUUUUAGCAUAGCCCUUUUUACACCCCUAUUAGCUAGCUAUUAGCAUUUAUACAUUUACAUUUGAGUCAUUUAGCAGAUGUUCUUAUCCAGAGCGACUUACAGUUAGUGAGUGCAUACAUUUUCAUACUGGCCCCCCGUGGGAAACGAACCCACAACCCUGGCAUUGCAAGCACCAUGCUCUACCAACUGAGCUACAGGGGACUACAGCAGCCUUGAAACAUCACAUUGCAUUCGGAAAGUAUUCAGUACAUUUGCAAAGUGCAUUCGGAAAGUAUUCAGACCCCUUCACUUUUUCCACAUUUUGUUACGUUACAGCCUUAUUCUAAAAUGGAUUAAAUAAAACAUUUUCCUCAUCAAUCUACACACAAUACCCCAUACUGACAAAGCAUAAAUAGGUUUUUAGACAUUUUAGCACAUUUAUUACAAAUAAAAAACAAAUACCUUAUUUACUUAAGUAUUCAGACCCUUUGCUAUGAGACUCAAAAUUGAGCUCAGGUGGAUCCUGUUUCCAUUGAUCAUUCUUGAGAUGUUUCUACAACUUGAUUGGAGUCCACCUGUGGUAAAUUCAAUUGAUUGGACACGAUUUAGGAAGGCACACACCUGUCUAUAUAAGGUCCCACAGUUGACUGCAUGUCAGAGCAAAAACCAAGCUGUGAGGUUGAAGGAAUUGUCCGUCGAGCUCUGAGACAGGAUUGUGUCGGCACAGAUCUGGGGAAGGGUACCAAAAAGCAUUGAAAGUCCCCAUGAACAGUGGCCUCCAUCCUUCUUAAAUGGAAGAAGUUUGGAACCACCAAGACUCUUCCUAGAGCUGGCCGCCCUGCCAAACUGAGCAAUCGGGGGAGAAGGGCCUUGGUCAGGGAGGUGACCAAGAACCCGAUGGUCACUCUGCUCCAGAGUUCCUCUGUGGAGAUGGGAGAACCUUCCAGAAGGACAACCAUCUCUGAAGCACUCCACCAAUCAGGCCUUUAUGGUAGAGUGGCCAGACUAAUCAGGAUCGAGGGAAAGAUUAACAGAGCAAAGUACAGAGAGAUCCUUGAUGAAAACCUGCUCAGGACCUCAGACUGCGCGAAGGUUCACCUUCCAACAGGACAACGACCCUAAGCACACAGCCAAGACAACGCAGGAGUGGCUUCGGGACAAGUCUCUGAAUGUCCUUGAGUGGCCCAGCCAGAGCCCGGACUUGAACCUGAUCGAACAUCUCUGUAGAGACCUGAAAAUAGCUUUGCAGCGACACUCCCCAUCCAACCUGACAGAGCUUGAGAGGAUCUGCAGAGAAGAAUGGGAGAAACUCCCCUAAUACAGGUGUGCCAAGCUUGUAGCGUCAUACCGAAGAAGACUUGAGGCUGUAAUCGCUGCCAAAGGUGCUUCAACAAAGUACUGAGUAAAGGGUCUGAAUACUUACGUGAAUGUGAUAUUUCAGUUUUUAUUUUAUAAAUGUGCAAAAAUGUCUAAACCUGCUUUUUGCUUUGUCAUUAUGGGGUAUUGUGUGUAGAUAAUAAUUUUAGAAUAACAAAAUGUGAAAGAAGUGAAGGGGUCUGAAUACUUUCUGAAUGCACUGUAUUAGCAGUUCAGGACAUCAGCAUUUCUUGUACUGUUACACAAAAUCAAAAUAAACCUUUAGCCAAACUGGCUAAAACUCUGUUGUUGGCUGACGGUAGCUAUAGCUAGCCACAUGCUAACCUGAGUUCUAACGUUACUAGCAGUAGUAACAUUAAAUCCAGGUAUAUUGGCUAACACAAACAUUGGCCACCAUGAUAUCCUGCAAGAUGGUAUGAAAAUGUAUGCACUCACUAACUGUAAGUCGCUCUGGAUAAGAGCGUCUGCUAAAUGACUUAAUUGUAAAUAUAUUGGCCAAUAAAGAUCAGGUAGUUCAGCAAAAAUAAAGACAUACCUUGAAAUAAACAAUUGCAUUAAUCAAGUGUUUCCCAAUCUCGGUCCUCGGGACCCCAAGGGGUGCACGUUUUGGUUUUUGCCCUAACAAUACACAGCUGAUUCAAAUAAUGAAAGCUUGAUGAUUAGUUAAUUAUUUGAAUCAGCUGUGUAGUGCUAGGGCAAAAAACGAAACGUGCACCCCUUGGGAUCCAGAGGAUGGAGUUUGGGAAACACUGAUUAAUCCGAUUGGUAUUUGACCAUUCAUUUCUGCAAAACGUGCGGUGUUGUAGCUUGCUUGUAGCUUAUUCCAUCUCCAAACACCAUGCUAGAUCGGAGUGGGCCAGUUUGUUUUGCAUGGCCCGGUGCAGUUAGAUAACUGGCUUUGUUUUUUAUAAGCUACUAGCAACAUAACAUGACAAAACUCUUUGGGCACUUUGUACCUACUUUCCCCGAUUCGCUCCUAUCAUCGAAGCCACCAGCAGGGUGUUCCUCUCUUGACGUCAAAGGCGCAAUGUAUUGUUGGUAUGAGUUUUUCAUAAAUGUAAUUCAAAUUGCGAAAAUAGAAGUGUAUAAUUGUUUAUUUUUUUAUAAACUUUUGCAUAAAGACCGUUUAGCUGGAAUAUAAUCAAUCUACGUUGUUAGAUUUGUGGAAUAUAUAUAUAUAUAUAUAUAUCGUGCAACCUUUCCUUUAAGUAUGACAUGAAAAUGGACUUAAUCAGGCAGUGGCUAUCACUUCAGUACCUUUUCUGGUCUUUUCAUAGCUAACAUUGUCCAAUGUCUGGAGAUGGGGGGAUAAAACAAGCGUGGUCAUUUAGCAUAGACGUUCUAGGAAUUAUAGACACUUAUCAGGCUAUAUAGUAUUAUGGAGGCUAUAUAUACGCUUGUCACUUAGGGUUCUUGUGGACAUGGUCGAUUGCAAAGUAAUUGUCUUAAUUAUACAUGGGCCGUUUACCGAGUUGAUAUGUUGCAUUUGCUAACGUCACAUUAUGGCAGUCUUUACCGUGUUGGUUUAUUAUAUUCAGGCUGGCUAGUUCAGUCGGAGUCCUAGCCUUUUGUCUUCUGUCAUGUUUUCUUAUUCCCCUGGUUGUUAAGGUUCUCUGUCUGGGAGCCCACUGGCUUUAUAAUGUUCAGCUCCACUAAACUGAUCUGCCAUGAUUUGCCGCUGGUUAUGCAUCAGUGCAGCAUUCUCAUUUCACAUUUCCCCUACAAUAUUGCGGUAUUGAAUAAUGAACUGUGUAUGUGUGUGUCUGUGUUCUCCUGAUUGCUGCAUUUGACAACACAGCCAUGGGGAGCUCACCCAAGCACGCGGCAGUCCAGGUUUAAUUUCCUCAGUCAGAUGGGGAGAACAAAUGUACUGUGGUGGGAACCUCCAUCCCUGGCCCCCUUCUCCUUCUAACCCCUCCUCUCCUCUUCAGACCUUUUUCUCCCCAUUGUCUCUCAAGGUGUUAUUCAAACCAAGCCCCAGGUUACUGUGUGCCCAAAUGCUUGCUCCUCGACAGCCGCACAUCACCUGCCUGCCUAUUUACUGUUUCCACUUCUUCUUUCAGGAAAUCGACGACGCCUGCAAGCGCAUCAAGAGGGAAAUUGAUGACCUGGGACCCGACGCGGGGGACAUCAAAAUCAUCCCGCUGUACUCGACGCUGCCGCCCCAGCAGCAGCAGAGGAUCUUUGAGUCGCCACCACCCCACAAGCCCAAUGGAGCCAUCGGGAGGAAGGUAAACGCCACUCAGAUCACUCCUCAGCAGCACAGGGCAUCCCAGCAACUCAAUAUCUCCCUUCCAGAGAGGGAGAGAGUGAAAGCGAGAGGGCUAAAGAAAGCAAGUAAUGGACAGCGGCAGAGAGACUAGACAGGGAAGUAGGUGGGUGGAUAUGGAGUGGGAGGGGGGUUAGAAAAAGUGUUUUCCCGCUUCAGCUUUGGUGCAGGACUGACUCACACAACAUAUGCUGCUUUUGUCAGCAUAUGAUUCCCUGCUCUAAAAUAUAACUGGGGUAUUACUCACUCCCUGCUGGCCUAAGGAAAGCACUGGAGCCGCAGUCUUUUAAUCUCUUGCACUCCUCUAUUGGUUUUGCACAGCCUCUCUCAGAGAACAGAGGCAACAAUCAUCUGGUCUUCUCAGUGCCAGGGAAAGGAAGCAUGCAUUACAGGAACUUUGCUCAUCUACAAUAGAAUGUGUGAACAUUCCUCUCUUCUUGUUCCCUUGUCCUUAACUGGUCCCACAGAGCAAUGUACGGCCCUUCGUCUUCAUGUUCCAUUAUUAAUACGGACCGCAAACCUGUCCAGUGUUUUGUUUAUGGCUCGGCAUUCAAACGGGCGCACUAUAAUCACAGCAGUGAAACCACCUGGACGGCCACGCUGUUGGCAAGGAAUCUGAUGGAAUAUCAAAACCCUGUCACACCGCCAUUAAUUUGCAAACAUUUGCCCCAACAUCUGAUGGGUAUUUGAUGAAUGACUCAUCGUCCUGUGCCUCCCCAAUCGAGGCUGAUUUGGCUGUCAUUGGAGCCCCGAAAGAUUAUUGAUGACUUAUUUGGAAUAAUGAAGUCACAGCCUGAGAAUUUAUAUAUAUAUAUAUAUAGUACCAGUCAAAAGUUUGGACAGACCUAUGCAUUCAAGGGCUUUUCUUAAUUUUUUACUAUUUUCUACAUUGUAGAAUAAUAGUGAAGACAUCAGAACUAUGAAAUAACACAUAUGGAAUCAUGUAGUAAACAAAUCAAAAUAUAUUUUAUAUUUGAGAUUCUUCAAAUAGCCAUCAGAUGACCUGGCCUCCACAAUCCCCCGACCUCAACCCAAUUGAGAUGGUUUGGGAUGAGUUGGACCGCAGAGUGAAGGAAAAGCAGCCAACAAGUGCUCAGCAUAUGUGGGAACUCCUUCAAGACUGUUGGAAAAGCAUUCCAGGUGAAACUGGUUGAGAGAAUGCCAAGAGUGUGCAAAGAUGUCAUCAAGGCAAAGGGUGGCUACUUUGAAGAAUCUCAAAUAUAAAAUAUAUUUUGAUUUGUUUAACACCUUUUUGGUUACUACAUGAUUCCAUAAGUGUUAUUUCAUAGUUCUGAUGUCUUUACUAUUAUUCUACAAUGUAGAAAAUAGUAAAAAUAAAGAAUCGACAAUAAAGUUAAUUUGUUUUGAAGAAAUCUAAAAGUCUCUCCUUUGAUUAGAAUAAUUACCACGACAAUAUAUGUAUGGGUGGUCCUCUGGAGCUCAAUUGGUAGAGCAUGGCGCUUGUAACGCCAGGGUAGUGGGUUGGAUCCCCGGGACCACCCAUACGUAAAAAUGUAUGCACACAUGACUGUAAGUCGCUUUGGAUAAAAGCGUCUGCUAAAUGGCAUAUUAUUAUAAUUGUGUGUUUUUUUUAUUUUUUACAUAGUCAUUCACAAUUGGAAACGCCAAGUCUAGGCAGGCUGCUGUCAUCACGUUCCUUUCUACCGCUGCGGUUUGAUCCACAGAAUUUUGACAGGCCCCCCCUUUUCCUGUUGUUCAAGACGAGUCGGAUGAAACUCUUGCUCCGGCCUCCCUCGCUCACCCUCCGGUGUGACAUUAUUUAAUCUCUCCUCCUCUACUGUGUGUGUGUGUGUGUGUGUGUGUGUAAAGGAGGCUCAACAGUUUGGCCUAAGCCAGGGCCUGGGAUCUUUCCAAAGUUCAAACAUCAUCCCUGUGUUUGCUCGCGCUGUUCAAAGGGAUGUUGACAUGAAAGAGGGACACGGGUAGCACAAGGAGCGGUUUGGAUGCCAACUGGUCCCAGGAGACGCCACCUCCACAUCUUGGUAGAUUGGGAUGGGGUGUUUUGGGUGGUUGGGAGGACUGGUAAGUGGCUGUAAAUGUGCAUUAAACAAUUCUUUGAACACUGGACCUCUUCCCAACAUUCACGCUCAGCAGUGCCAGACUCCUCCCUGGUGAUUACAGACUGUGUCUCAACAGCAUGCUACCUCUCAGGUAGUCUUUUUAUCUUGUCCCCCUAUCUGGCCUGAAGAGAGUGUCACAUGGAGGUGAGCUGGAGGUGUCCGUGUUGAAGCUUACAUUGCAACCAGGGAGAGUGAGGCUAGAAUGACCAUGUUGGUCACAAUGAUCAUUGAACCACAUAUGACUUGCCUUCACUCAAUGGCCAGGUUGAUGAAUACCAUCAAUUCUGGUCUCUCACUAAGCUGAAUUGGUCAAGGGUCUUGUAUGUAGCAGUGGCAGCCAAUGGCAUUUGUCUUGAAUAGAAAAAAGCAUGCACAGAGUGAGUUUGGCCUUCUGUUGUCAGUCUGACGCCGUCAGUGGCUGAACCUGAGGUGAGGCGAGAUGUCACCCAAGCAAGUCCAAGGAGAGGCAAUGAAAGAAUUAAGGCUAUCGGCACCUGCUGUCCCGCAUGAAAAUAGCUGCAUUAUGCACUCCCCCUCAUUAACAUAACUUGCUUGCCCGUCAUGUCUCCCCAGAAAAGCCACUGAUCUCCCAUUUUAGAACAUUUUAAUGAUUUAGUGUUGGAGCUUCAAUUCAUUAUGAUUACUAGCAAAGACUUUAAUCCCCCCUCUCCCUUCCAAAGUAUCAUCGUUAUGCGCUUUUGACAAAUGCGAUCUUGUUUAGCGCUAGGUUUGUUUUCUAUCAUCCUCACGUGUGCAUAUCCCCUCAAGUCGGCGACCCACGCCGGCUGGGAUCCAUUCCAGUAAGUCGCUGAUGUGGCAGGGCCCAAAUUGUUCGAGGCGCCCUCCAUUUUUACCUAUCAAGGGAAGGUUUUAUUUUUCAACAGGCAGCUCCUCCCAGAGGGUUGGAGUGAAAGAUGGCCCCUGUUAGCCACAGUGCUCACCCCCUGCAGGUUAAUAACCCAGAAAUAAUACGCAGAGAUGAUGCUCUAAUGAUAUUACUGAUGAAAAGUCUGGAACGCUCAAUACAGCUGACAGACAGACAGACAGGAAGGAGCCGCACUGCGCUCCUCUGUGUAAUGCAUUCUGAAUCAAUGCAGUCAAUGAGAGGCCCUCCUAUAUUGUUAUGAAAUGUGAGGAGGCAGGCUAGCUACCGUGGCAGCUGCUAAAGCACUGACUGACUCUUUCCUGACAUACAGGUAAUUGUCCUGAACUGGUAGGAGUCAUCCCAUUGAACCUUUCACAGCUCCCUUUGAACAGGACAUGAGUUGCUCCUUGCCACACGUUCCUCUUGGGGGAAAUGUUGGCCGACAUUGUUUUUCUGAGAUGAUGGCCCAACCUGCCGGUCCGUGCUAGGCUAGCCAACUUUGUUGAAGAUUGCUUGUCGGCUGGGUCAUUGACUCAAAGAAGAUGCACUUUCUCCACACCUACGGGUCACUGAGUGUUGCUGAGCGUUCUUAAUGUCUUGAAUGCUUUGCCAAGCAAUUGGCUUUGGUUUAAUUCCAGUGUUGCUCUAGUUGUCGGCAUUCAAAUUUGUAUUAAAAGGUGGUUGAUUCUCUUAGUUCAAAGAGAUCCCCUCAGACGUAUUGUGAAGUGAUACCUGCCACCGUUGAUUCUUGCAAUGUACCUCUAGUGUUCAAUCAGAUCAAGAUGUACAUCCCUCCCGAGGGGGAGGUGUAAACUAAUCGAAGUGACCGUUGGCUUGGCCAGGCUGCCUUCUGACAGGUUUAAAAUGGGCCGUCUUUGGCUGCUGCCUCGCUCCUCAGCAUGAAUACAAAGCAGAAUGCUUCCACUUCUGACGGCAGAAUUACACAAGGCCAAGGGCUGGGCCCCCAAAGAAUGUCCAAGGCAUUAAUAACUAAACAGUCAGGCGUUCUCUGGCUGGAGAGAAAUCCUCGCGUUAAAGGUAGGAUUUUGAAAAUCCUUUGAGGCGCACUGCUUUAGACAACCAAAAGAAAUGGAGCUACGCAAGAUUGAUGGAAAGUGCUCAAUCUGUUUUGCACCCGCAUCGAUGGAUGAUAACUCACAAAGUAUUUUUGCACCGGCAAAUGUUUGAUCAAGAGAUGUGAAAGCAUUACCGAAGUGAAUUCGCAUAUAAGCCACAUGUACACUAACAAAUUAAGUACGUGAUUGGCAGACUUGUUAUAGGAAAGUGAUGCUGUCUUUUUCCUUGGGAGAAUGUUUCUCACGCCUAUCCAUCACAAGGAAGUGUCUGUUCAAUGCUUUUGCAGAUUUCAUUCAAAUUGCUAACUUUCAUUAUUAGCAUUUUUCCUGUGCUUGCAGUUGAACUGGUCUUACUUUUCUAUAUGAAAGAAGGGACAGUGCACAUAAUAUGCAAUGAGGCAAUUUUAUUAACAUUAUGCUGAGACAUUGGAGUGGAAGUUCCCAGUACAGCAAGUUUCUGCUUGUCUGACUCAGUCUCCAGUGCCAUGGUUCACAACGUAGUUCGAAGGGUUCUGGGGCCAAUCAGGCUCCGCCGUUACAUAACGGGAACACCCCCAAGCGGUGGUCAAGGCUCGCGUGAGAGCAGCUGCAGAUCUGCCUUCCUCCCCUCCUCUUCUGUUUGUGUAAACGUUGACAGAGAGACCCAUAGGGUGAUGUGACUCAUUUGAUUUCGGUGCUCCGAUUCAGCUGUCAUUGCUCAUAGACAGAUUUGCUAUAGGGGAUAAUUGUAAUAGAAAAAUAUCUGGGACUGGGAGAUGUGCGACUCCACAGCAGCUUCCCCGUUUGCGUUGCUCCCGCAACCCAAAUGGCUUUUCGUUUCAGUUUUUUCUCUACCUUCUCUCCCCUCCCUUACGCUGUAUUUGUCUGCGCCCUAUUACAUUUUAGGGAAAAUAAAUGUUGCAGCCGGCCCUGAUGCUUUAAUCAACCGACGGACCCUUCUGACAGCUGAGUUUUUUCUUCUUCUUCCUGGUCUCCCCUUUGCUUUUUAUAAGUAUUACUGUGUGUUGCUCGGAUUAAUGUCUCUUAAAGAAACCCAGCCGUAAUGUUUCCAACAUUGUACUCGGAAAUGCGGAAUCAUUGGAAAAGAAAACCCCUCCUUGGCUUUGAAGCAAUUGAAAACAAAUCUCUGUUCUCAUCACCUGCUUUAGUUUAGAGCCUCAUUUUGCCGUGACUAAUUUUUUGUGACUCUAAAUAUAAUUGCCGCAAUCCUCCAAGCGUAUUAAUUUUAAUGCAACUUCGCUCCUAUUUCGAGGUGGGUUUGGAGCACCUCUCUGAUUGUCGGAGUGAGUGAUUUUAAUUUGGUGGGCGCUCUCAUGCUGCUACACGACGCCUGCACCUUGGGGCGCAGGAAACAUCCGCGUGUUGCUUUGUUUGUUGAAGGCGACAGGCUCCAUUACUCAGAAGCAAGUCAGAAUUUGAUUUCCUUUCAUUUUUUUACCCCAACUUUCAUUUUCAUCUAAAACAAAUUCCUCCAGUCUUGUCAAACUAUAAUCUCGGAGGAUGAAUGUCAACGUACACAGUGAUUCUGAAAGAACUGCAUUUUUAAAUGCAUGCCACUCGCUGGAAAAGGAACUAUUACAUCAAUUAUUUGUUGUAAUUUUGAAGACCUGUGGGAGGGGCUUUUUGUAAGAGAGAGGAUGACAUCUCGUGGAGAUGGGUAGCGUACUGCGAGCUGACAGCGGUACCCCCUCCAAAAAGAGCAGUGGUAAUGCAUGUGGAAGGGACACUCAGCGGCGAGGCAGCCCGCCGCAGUUUGCAGACGCCUCAUUCGACUUGAUUGCAACAACUGUUUCAGUACUCCCCUGUUGGAUCCUAUUAGACAGUGUGUCUGCGAUUUGGCCAUGGAAGUGUCUGCAGAACUUAAUUCAUUCAGAUGUUGCAGCGUGCCCGCUGUAGAAAUGUAGUGUUUAGUGACUUGAGUGUUGAGCAGUGUCUCCACUAAAGGGUGAUUUGUAUGGGGCCAUUUUUCCUUUUAUUAAAACAUUUGCUCUCUCGCGCAGUCUCUCCAAGAUAUUUCGACCUCCCCAAAUGGCAGUGGUUUUUGACCUAUGACCUAAUAAUUUCCCUCUCAGAUUCAACACCUUAUGACUCUGUGUCAAAAUUGAGAAUUCAUUAAUAUGUGAAUAACUGAAUUAUUAAACAAUAAAAUGACCAAAUACCGGAGUGAGUGAUUGAAUAGUGCCAUUCCAUUGCAGGGCCUCAACCCAUGUUACUCUCCCUCUCCCACAACCCCUCCCUAACAACUGACUCUAAACCCAGCUGUGAUAAUUUCCGCAGGUCGUGGUUUCAACAAACAUCGCCGAGACAUCCCUGACCAUCGACGGCGUGGUGUUUGUAAUUGAUCCCGGAUUUGCCAAGCAAAAGGUUUGCCACCGUCCCUCCUCCCCUGCAUCACCCCCCCAUCCACCCCCCCAACCUAAUCUCCUCCGCUCAUCUGCCUCUGUUGCCUGAAAAUCCCCAGAUAAACAGAGCAGCACUGCACCUGACAGCGGCAGAGAUGGAAAAGCCAGUUAUUUAUUCCUCUGACAUUUCUCUAGCCCGGAGCCAAGUCAUACACGUGGCUCAAUCAGAGAUGAUAUAUUUGCCCGGGCGGAUUGUGUGUGGGUGCUUGUGUGUGCUUGUGUGUGCACGUGUGUUUGUGCUUGUGUGUGUGUGUGUGCAUAUGUGAUUUGGGAUUAUGUGUGUUAGUGUCUCGUGUGUGUGAAACUCAAUUUCCCACUGUAACCUGCACAUAAACACUGGUCUAUUUCUCAACCAUGAUGCCCCCUAUGCCUCAUCCCUUUUCUAAAUGUUUGUGUACCUAUGUUUGUAUGUGAAGGAGUGAUUUGAAUCCUCUCAAUACCUCACCUGUCCACCUUGCUGUUCCUUCCAGGUGUAUAACCCUCGUAUCAGAGUGGAGUCCCUCCUGGUGACGGCUAUCAGCAAAGCAUCGGCCCAGCAGAGGGCGGGGCGCGCCGGGAGGACACGCCCAGGGAAGUGCUUCCGCCUCUACACAGAGAAGGCCUACAAGACCGAGAUGCAGGUUAGUAGUGUCACUGCCAUAAGAAUUAUAUUAGUCCCAGAUGAAUUGUUGUGUAUAUAACUGAUUGAUUAUUUAAAGCUGCAUAGGAAUGCUAAUGUCCCAAGGUUGAGACAUAGCUACGUCUUACAUUAUUUCCAGAGAGUGUACAGAGCAUCGUCGUUCAUUGCUUACUUGUAUCCGUGAUUCUUAUAAGUGUAGUGCACUCGUACCUAUACAGAGAAAAAGCAUAUGAGGCUUAAUUGUACCUCUAUACAGAAAAUAAAUAUUUCAAUUUCCCAAUAUUCCCACCUAGAACCCAAGUCGCCUAUUCCUUAUUCAGUCCUUUUCACUCUGACAGCUGGAUUCCCCACCAAUCACCCACAGCCCUUUUUAAUAACUUGCGCCAGUGACACAGACCCCCCCUGUGACAAAUGAACACGUGAAGGACCCAGUCCUCCACUUUAACAGGGUAAUUAUUUCACGUCACACCGACUGGCAGAGGGGAAUUUUAAAACAAGUUAAAUAGCCCUUCAAACAGCCCCAGACUUCCAUUUUCUGUUCACUUUGACGUACGAGUCCGUGUGAAGAGAUAAUCGGCACCCUUACUACUUUUUUUGAUUUGAAAUCCUCUCCUCCGGUUUCCCCUCCCCUUCUUCUGUAACAGGACAACACGUAUCCAGAGAUUUUGAGGUCCAACCUGGGUUCGGUCGUGCUGCAGCUCAAGAAGCUAGGUAUCGACGACUUGGUACAUUUCGACUUCAUGGACCCACCAGGUAAGAGCUCUUGUAUUGCAUUUUGACAAAAGGGAUAGAGCUUAUUUUUGUGUUAAUAUCUUGUUUUUGUGUUAAUAGGGGCCCUAUUCAGUCAAUCUCAGCUAAAUUAACAUUCUUUCUGCGCAGUGUGUGUGUAUACAUAGUGUGAUUGUAUAUGCUGUUGAAUUUUUCUUUGUUUCACAGUGUAAAUCACAAAGCCAAACAUUAAUUUUUUUCACUAAAAAGAGAUGAAUGUUCUUGCUUUAUCCUGGAAACCCAGUUUACGGAGAUUGAUUGAAUAGGGCCCCAAGUUGUAAAGUUUGGGCUUUGAUAGAUAACAUCAUGGUGAAUUUCUGUCUCACUUUGGUCACAGAAUCAUCUGUUAAGGGCUAAUGAACAGACAUGGACCGGUAUAAACUGUUGCUCUCAGGUCCACAAAACCUUUUUAUUUAACUGAAAAUGUUUGAUGUAUGACAUCCAAUCUGGGUCAGCUAUGAGCUUAGAAAAAGAAAAUGUGGAAAAAUCACAUUCAAAAGUAAUUGUGCUGUCUUGGAAGUUGUGGUUCUUUGCUCCUUUGCCAGAAUAGGUGGUUAAACUGCACUGUCAAAACAAGUCUGUUUCUAUCCGCUCUGGGGGAACAUGGUGUAGUGACUAGGGGGGAAUAGUUUGGCUGGUCAGUCGAUGUGUGUUGGGACUGUCGCUUCUCCAGGCGCUUCCUAUUCCCCCUGUUCAUCUGCACUGGGCUGGAGCCUGGCCAAAACACACAGAGGUGCCUUGUCUUGUCCCAAUGUCACUUACUUCCCUUACCAGCAGCCCUGGAGCCAACACACCAUGUGUGGGUUCUUACCCCCCUCCCUCGGUCUCUCUGUCCAUAGCCUUAACCCCACACACACACUUCCCCCGUCUCUCCACCUUAAUACAGUUUCCAUCUCCGAGAUUAAACCCAUCUCUCCCCGUCCACGGCGCCAAACACCAUUUUGAGAAUGAAAUUGGUUACAUCAAUAGCCCCGGUAUCACCUUGGCUAUUGCCUUCUCUUUAUAUUCCGCGGGUGAAAUGUGACUGACCUAUUCCCCCUACCUCCGCCACCCACCCCUCUCAGUUCUCUCCCACCACUAUACGUCUCCCAGCACUUAAGGGUUAGCCCCCCGCCUGGUCCACUCAAGCCUUGUCCAUUUAGUCUAACUGGGAAUGAGGGGAAGGAAUGAUUACCUUAUUCAUCUACUUAGAAAAAAAGGAUGCCCCUGGAAGUUCUACACGCUGUCAGUGGAGGCGCUGGGUUCGUCUAACUAGCUGCUUAGCGCCCCGGGAACACGAGGUGUUUGGACUAGAAAGAUGAAUAGCCGGAGUAUGCUGUGCCCUCGCUCCAACGCACUUCAAAGGUUCUCCAAGAAAAGCCUUUGUAUCUCGCCGGCGCCCUGGUCAAUUUGACAUGCGGUGCAGAAGAACCACUCCCAGAAUGGCUACGCCAGAGUUGUGGGUUCAGCCAAGUGAAUCCUGGACCUGGUUAAAGAGAGCCAUGGAAUUGGAUCUCCAGGUAGAGAAGCAUGACUGGAACAUGUUUUGCUCCAUAGCCCAGCGUUUCCCAAACUAGGGGUCACGACCCCAUGUGGGGUCGCCUGAUUUGAAAAUGGGGUCGCGAGAGAAACUCUGAAAUACUGGCCAAAUGCUCUAACCGCUAGGCUACCUGCCCCAAUUAAAAAAGUAAAUAUUGGCCGUUGAUUACAUUUUUUGUUGUUUUCUACAUGGUGGGGUCGCAACAUUUUAUUUUGGAUCAAAAUGGGGUCGCGGACCAAAAAAGUUUGUGAACCCCUGCCUUAGCCAUGUUAAAAUACCUCACACUACCUGGCGCCGACGAAGAUGGUGGCCUCGCGACUAGCUCUUAGGAAACUUAGCAGUAUUUCGUUUUUUUAUGUAUUAUUUUUUACAUUAUUAGCUCAAAGUGUUUUGUAUAGAUGUUGUGAAAUUGUUAGAUAUUACUGCACUGUCGGAGCUAGAAGCACAAGCAUUUCGCUACACCCGCAAUAACAUCUGCUAAACACGUGCAUGUGACAAAUAAUUUGUGAUUUGAUUUGGAUUGUCCGGGUGUCCGCUUCAGUAGGAGACAUGGGAACACACACACCGUCUGACUGAUGAUGAGGCCACACAACCCAAUGAAUAAAAUGUCAGCUCCUCAAAGGGCUUGAGAGAUGGAAUGCUUCCUUGAGAUGAUUGAAAACCUCUGCUGCUUGAUGAUGGUGGGGGGGAUGCUUCCCAUCAGCCAUUUGUUUUCAUUUAUCAUUUGGGCACAUUAAAAGGAUUUAAUCAUGACUUGGGUUUGUGCUGCUGUCAUUAAGGCAAGUGGGGACAUUGUCAUUGAGCUGCUGCUCUCCUCUGUGGCUGUAUGCAAUGAAAAGGUACAGGCAGAGUGAUACCUCGGAGUGGGCUAGGAUUGGAUGGGUCCAUAUAUUUAAGGUUAACCAAAGAACCCAGGCAUGGAGGCCAUUGGCUUUUAGUCUGUGUUGCAUUCAAGUUGGGCCUGAAUCUUAAUGGAGAAAUUCGAUUUCCACCCUGUAACCAGGGAUCACAUGAGCGGCCAGUCUAUUUCUCUGUUGACCUGCCUCGCUCCACGCUCAGUAAGCACAGUGGCAGUGGGGUGAAGCGGCUCACUAAAUCACAUGGAAAAUCCAAGAGAAAUCAGUAGCGAUUUACAGGAAGGACCAGCCUUAGGUGGGAUUCAUUUGCCUUUUGACAUUUGCAGAGUAGUACAUUUCAAAGCCAAUGUGAGUUUAAUGUACCUUUUUAGCCUUUAAUCCCAUUGAUUUGGCCCUUGGUUAAUAUAUCGGAUUCUCGUGUAUUGAGGCGGUCAAUAGUUUCUUUCUGAUGAGGUGCGUCAUGUAUAGAUUGCAUUUCCACACUUGUUCGUCAUGUUACUGCAAAAUCAGAUUUUCCUCCAAAAGGAGUGCGUCCGCCACAAGCCAUUGGUAUAGUAAGUAAUGUGGCUAGCUCUCACUUUUCUAUAAAAAAAGUAGGUUUAAUGCCCCAAAUCGAUAUUUGUUCAUCAUAAGAAAAUACCUGCUUGCAUUUUGAAAAAGGCUUUUUUAUUCCUUAUUUGAGAGAAAUGAAAGUGAACAAGACGGCCCUCAGCUGAAGCCGAAGCUAAUUUUCAGUUAACAUGCAACUGGUCAUUAGGCUUCAGUUCUCCCGAGCCAAAGGUCAAUAAUUGCAUCUUGGGGAAAAUCUUUUAACCAAACGGUGGGAGCCCUGUUUUGAUGCAUUAAGUGAAGGGUUCCCCUGUAAUUGCAUUAGUUGUUUUGAAUCAGCGGAGCGGAGGAUGAAAAAUGAGCCUCCCCACCACCAUUACAAAGUUUCCGUCCAGGGUAACUGGCCAUCGCACAUACAGAGGUGCUUGUUUUUUAAUCUCCUCCUUAUGUUCUUUCCAUCUUAUUUUUUCUCUUUCCUCCUCUGCCACCCCUUGCACUUCCUGUGCUUCUCUUCGAUUUCUUCUUUAUUUAUUUAAACCAUAUUUAUCCAGGUUACUCUCAUUGAGAUAAAAUCUAAUUUUUUGUUUGAAAACACCUGGUCCAAGAUAGCAGCGGUUGACAAAAGUACAAUUAUGUUCUUACCCUUGUCUCCCUCUCUCGUCUCCCUCUAGCACCGGAAACCCUGAUGCGGGCCCUGGAGCUGCUCAACUACGUGGCGGCGCUCAACGACGACGGCGACUUGACGGAGCUGGGCUCCAUGAUGGCUGAGUUCCCCUUAGACCCGCAGCUAGCCAAGAUGGUGAUCGCCUCCUGCGAGUUCAACUGCUCCAAUGAGAUCCUGUCCAUCACAGCCAUGCUGUCAGGUAAUACUCAGGGAGAAAAGUGUGGCAUGCCCAUCACAAGCCACCUUCAUUAUUGUGCACACUAGUUUUCCUGUGAAAAGUUGUAUGUUCAUGGCAAAUUUGCCCUUCAUCCUCCCCAAAAUAUGGAUUCAGUGCACUGCGCCUGCUACUUAUUUUUCUCUUAGUUGUCUAGACGAUGAUCCCUUCACCCUUGACCCCUUUCUUGUUUAGUCUAUUAGACCAGACAGGUUUUGGAGAUAAUUAGAUGAUAUGUUUAAGUCAUGAACUUCUCCUGAAACUCAAUACUUUUGUAUGUGCUUGGGUCUGCAGACACAACAUGAAGAGCCUACUCUAGCCUUUGAUAUGCAUUUGUUGACGUUAGAUUUGUUUGUGUGGUGUCUAGAGCUGGUCUGACCAUUUCACACCUGGUUCAUUAGAAAAACAUAUUUGUCCGGGAAAGAACAUAAAACCGUGCCUCUCUGUCAUUGUAGCAAUGGCAUCACUCUAGUACUGAUGCACUACAUUGAGCUCUAAAAAGAGCUGUGUAUAGGAGGUGUAAUCUGAACUCCAUCUCUGCAACUGUGAAUUUCAAUAACGAUGUUGAUGAAUGUGAUUUGACUUGCGGCUGAUAGCAAAUGUAAUCUCAAAUGGUCCUUAACUUUGCCCACAACCCCACGAGGUGGAAAGAAGCGUGAGAGCAGAAGGAGCUGGUGGUGUAAGUCAGUUAAUAUUUGUCAGGCAGGAAAAAUGCGUGUCUACAGUAAAUUAAUGAGUUUAUAGUCUGAGCAGCACCAAUGUGCUGCGGCAGUAAUUGCGCUUUAGGCUUGCCAAAGCAGAGUGCUGCUCAUUGAGAUGAAUCCGAUGCUUUUGAACAGAGGGAAAGGGAAUUUAACUAGCUGUUUGGACACGCUGCACAUCUAUAACGGGUUUGUCAAGGAACCCGGUUUUCUGCUGAGUUCAUUACCGAGUCAGCAGCGGAUUCUAGGUCUCACAUCGCCCAGGCAACCAAGUGUAGGGGUUCGAAUCGAUAAACACUCAGCUUUCACCCGUUAAGCCCACGAUGGAGCAUGUUUUGACGUUAGGCUGCUCACAGCAAGUUUCGGGAAGGCGGGAGGUGUUUGAUGCAGCCUUUUGAUGUACAAGUGCUUUUCCGCGUGGAUGCAAGACCACAGUUUUCCCUCUAAAGUGCUCAGGCCAAGAUCGAGUGGUUAGGAGGACACUUUCUUUGGUGUCCCUCUGCACCACCGCAUACAGAGCUUAUGAGUCAGAUGAAGGCUAGCCUCAUAAAUGCCCUUUUGCCAAACAGUUUGAGUAAAGAUACUUUUUUGGGGGGUUGGAGCCCCUUUCUAUGCCCCUCCUCUCAUACCCUGGCUGAGGUUAGGUCUUACAGUAUGCAGCUCGUCAAACAGCUAAACUCAGCCAAGCGCAAAGCAGGAGAAAGCCAACCCUCCUUUGCCCUCUCCCACCCCCCUUCACCCCCUUCUUCCGACACGCACCUGUGGCAAUGCUCUGUGCCGUGUGAAGUGCUCUCUCUGGCCUCUCUGACCCGAGGCCUUGUUCUUCUCUGUGGGAAUUGCUUAACUCAUCCCUAUGGGCGGCUGUGUUGGGGCCCAUACCAACCUUGUUUAGUCCCACAGUGUUUCGUACGACCCACGGAGGCUAGGAAGGCGGCCGACGAGUCCAAGAUGCGUUUCGCCCACAUUGAUGGAGACCACCUGACCCUCCUCAACGUCUACCACGCCUUCAAACAGAGUACGUGUCCCACAGAAUGUCCAUUGAGCAUGCUUUAUUGUAAUUCAGGACUAGGCUUAAUCUGUGUCCGGUAAACCGACCUUGAUGUCACUUAACAUACAGUGCCUUUUUGUCAACGAUCUACACAAAAUACUAUGCAAUGUCAAAGUGGAAGAAAAAUUCGAACAUUUGUAAAACAUUUAUUUACAUUUUCAUUUACAUUUUAGUCAUUUAGCAGACGCUCUUAUCCAGAGCGACUUACAGUUAGUGAGUGCAUACAUUUUUCAUACUGGCCCCCCGUGGGAAUCGAACCCACAACCCUGGCGUUGCAAGCGCCAUGCUCUACCAACUGAGCUACAGGAGGCCUGUAUGAAAAAUAAAACACUAAUAUAUCUUGAUUCCAUAAGUAUUCACAUCCCCUGAGUCUAUACAUGCUAGAAUCACCUUUGGCAGUGAUUACAGCUGUGAGUCUUUUUGGGUAAGUCUAAGAGCUUUGCACACCUGGAUUGUACAAUAUUUGCACAUUAUUAUUUGUAAAAUUAUUCAAGCUUUUGUCAAGUUGGUUGUUGAUCAUUGCUUGCCAUAGAUUUUCAAGACGAUUUUAAGUCAAAACUGUAACUAGGCCACUCAGGAACAUUCAGUGUUGUCUUGGUAAGCAACUCCAGUGUAUAUUUGGCCUUGUGUUUUAAGUUAAUGUCCUGCUGAAAGGUGAAUUUGUCUUUCAAUGUCGGUUGGAAAGCAGACUGAACCAGAUUUUCCUCUAGGAUUUUGCAUGUGCUUAGCUCUAGUCAGUUUGUUUUUAUCAUAAACUUCCUAGUCCUUGCCGAUGACGAGCAUACCCAUAACAUGAUGCAGCCACCACCAUGCUUGAAAAUAUGAAGUGCUCAUGUGUUGUGUUGGAUUUGCCCCAAACAUAACGCUUUGUAUUCAGGACAUAAAGUUCAUUUCUUUGUCACAUUUUUUGCAGUUUUACUUCCGCGUCUUGUUGCAAACAGGAUGCAUGUUUAUUCUGUACAGGCUUCCUUCUUUUCACUCUGUCAUUUAGGUUAGUAUUGUGGAGUAACUACAAUGUUGUUGAUCCAUCCUCAGUUUUCGCCUAUCACAGCCAUUAAACUCUGCAACUGUUUUAUGGUGAAAUCCCUGAGUGGUUUCCUUCCUCUCCGGCAACUUAGUUAGGAAGGACGCCUGUAUCUUUGUAGUGACUGGGUAUAUUGAUACACCAUCCAAAGUGUAAUUAACUUCACCAUGCUCGAAGGAAUAUUCAAUGUCUGCUUUUCUUUUUACCCAUCUACUAAUAGAUGCCCUUCUUUGCGAGGCAUUGGAAAACCUCCCUGGUCUUUGUGGUUGAAUCUGUGUUUGAAAUUCACUGCUCGACUGAGGGACUUUACAGAUAAGUGUAUGUGUGGGGUACAGAGAUGAGGUAGUCAUUCAAAAAUCAUGUUGAACACUAUUUAUUGAGUCCAUGCAACUUAUUAUGUGACUUGUUAAGCAAAUUUUUACUCCUGAACUUAUUUAGGCUUGCCAUAACAAAGGUUUAAUACUUAUUGACUCAUUAAUUUGUAAACAUUUCUAAAACAUAAUUCCACUUUGACAUUAUGGGGUAUUGUGUGUAGGCUAGUGACACAAUCUGAAUUUAAUCAAUUUAAAAUUCAGGCUGUAACACAUCAAAAUGUGGAAAAAGUCAAGGGGUGUGACUACUUUCUGAAGGCACUGUAAAUCUAGAUCUCGCCUCUCACAGACCAUGAGUCGACACAGUGGUGCUACGACAACUUUGUGAACUACCGGUCGCUGAUGUCGGCCGACAAUGUGCGCCAGCAGCUGUCCCGGAUCAUGGAGCGCUUCAGUCUGCCCCGCCGCAGCACAGAGUUCACCAGUAGAGACUACUACAUCAACAUUCGCAGAGCGCUGGUCACAGGAUUCUUCAUGCAGGUCAGUGCUCACUGGCCAAACAGAGAAAGGAAGGGCCCAGAGGGUUCUGUCUCGGAAUGUGUUGACAUGCUCUAGUGCGCCAUAUUGUGCACCAACAACACAGCACUUGGUUUUGACCAUUGGGUAGUUGGCAAGUACCUUGUACAUGUUACAAAAAUGUCCCAGGCCAGAGUGGAGUAUGUGGGUUAGUCAGCUAACCCUAGUUAAUGUUUUGAAAUUGGAAAAUAACACUGUACCACUGACUUAUGGUUAGAUAACCCAACUUCAAUAUAAGCCUGUUAACUUGUCAAACUGAUGCCAUCCCUUAAUGUGGCAAUCAGCAGUUGAAACAAUAACAAAGCGUACUCCACUUUUCAGUAAAAAGCUGAGGGAUGGGGCUGGAGAAAUGGAACCGCUCUCAAAUUCGUAGACCGAGCUAUGGAGGCAAGGACUGAUCUAAAAAUUAUAAUUUUAACCAUGUUUUUGAGGCUAUAGUUUUACAUUUACUUUAACAAACAUUGGCGUAAAACAAGCUUAUAUUUUGGGUUCUGAUGGGGUACGACAGUUGAACUAAGCUCAUGAGACAUAAGUUAAAUUCUUUAAGAAAUCAAUGGGUACAUAUCAUUUAUUUAAAUCCAAAAAUGCAUGUAGCAACUGCAGAUUGCCCUUUUGAGACUGAAGUAAGAUGCAGCGCUGCGUUUGUGCAUCACCUUUGUGUUUUUUUCCCUAACUCACCAUGUCUGUUUAGUUAACAGGUAUUUACACUGUUGCUUAAAACACAACACGUCAAGAUACUUAUUGUAAUGGAUAGCCUCCCCUAAGUGUGCACACACAGGCACAACCAGUUAAACACAUAAUAAGAAUUCAAGGCAGUUUGCUGCCUGCUAAGGGAAAAUAAAUGACAUUUUGUUGAAAGUCCAUUUCCGGGGGAACCUGAAAACAAGCGACAUGACAAGUUGAAUUACGCCGUUAAUAUACAAAUAUUUGUCAACAUUAACCUUUAUCGCAAAGACACAUUUGUGGCUCAUAUUGCAGUUUAGGGGUGUUUUGAGUGCAUGUCUUUGUUUGGAGAGGUCUUUAUUGAGACUGAUUGAUUGGCCUUGUUAAUCACAGCAGCCAUCAUCUGCAUAUUAAAGUACCCCGAACGGAAACUAAAAAUGAACCGCCCUCCUUAACUUGGCAAAUUCUGCUGAAGUUAUACCGCCUAAGCCCAGAGCUGCCACUUUUUCCCUUUUCUGUGUAAUUGAUUGUGUUCAUUGUACUUUAAAGAUGUACACUACAUUCAGUCUAGUUGAAACCCGAAUAGGCCGAUUUGGCUGCAGGGAUUAUAGAUGGUAAAAAAACUGUGUUAAAUCGCCUCAGGCUAAAAAACAAACCUGCAGAUCACAAGUGCCUGAUCAGGAAACAUGUUGAUACUGUGUUUCUGUGUGUGUAUGGUAAGGAUGUAACAUUUGAUAUGCAUCGGUCCCUGGUUUAAAUGUUUUAGAUACAAGUGCAUUGGUCUGUGGGACCCCAAACUGAUCCAAAUGUUGCAUGCAUUGGUCCGAAAAUAGAUUCAAACGUUCGAAUCGCCGGCUCACUAAAAUGUUUUGCUCAUAUUACUUUUUUUCUACCUUCCGAAAAUACCUAAUCUUUUGUGACAAUUGAUGCAUCCUCUCCUUCAGUGUCAAACUAAGCAUGUAACUGCGUUGAACGUCAUUGAUCUACAAGUAAUUUUUCAUGCCGAACAACCCCAAGCAAUAUCAGUAGUCUAGUCAAACUGCUCACUGUGCUGCUGCUUGCGCUGACCAACAAGAUGUAGGCAGACUAUUCCUGAUCUUGCACAUCUGCGCGGCACCUUCAGCAUUCAAAUGCUUGGAAAAUGGCUUGCGCAAUAUUAGGCUUUAUUAGUUGAGUGAAAACCAAUGUAAUUUGAUAGGUUAUUGUGUGGUUGAAAAUUGUGUUUUACCAGAAUAAAAGUAAGCUUCCGGAGACAACUUUCAUCUGGCUAUAGCCUAUACCUGCUGAUCGGGGCUUAUAUUUGAUUUUAUUACGAUUGUUCAGGUUCCCCGUCAGCAAUAGGUUUGGUAGUUUUGCUUUAAAUAAUCGGUGUAUAUGGUCAGUUUUAGAUAUACAGGGUCACGUUGAUAAUUUCAUAACGAUCAAAACCAUUCAUUUUGAGACUGGGUGAAAUCCAAAGUUGUGCUAUAUUCAUUGUCAUAGCAAACAAUUUAAGUUAAAUAUUGAUACAUUACUAGCUAAAAACACUUUUAAUUCAGAUCAAAAGUGGGGAGAGAAAAAAUCAUACAUUGCCCCCCCAAUCUGACAGUGGCUUAGCUCAGGUGACUAUAUACACAAUAGACAUAUACACUACCGUUCAAAAGUUUGGGGUCACUUAGAAAUGUCUUUGUUUUUCGAAAGAAAAGCAAUUUUUUUGUCCAUUAAAAUAACAUCAAAUUGAACAGAAAUUAAAAGAUGCUGGAGGAGUGCUUGAUGCCAUCUGUCAAGCAUGGUGGAGGCAAUGUGAUGGUCUGGGGGGUGCUUUGGUGGUGGUAAAGUGGGAGAUUAGUACAGGGUAAAAGGGAUCUUGAAGAAGGAAGGCUAUCACUCCAUUUUGCAACGCCAUGCCAUACCCUGUGGACGGCGCUUGAUUGGAGCCAAUUUCCUCCUACAACAGGACAAUGACCCAAAGCACAGCUCCAAACUAUGCAAUAACUAUUUAGGGAAGAAGCAGUCAGCUGGUAUUCUGUCUAUAAUGGAGUGGCCAGCCCAGUCACUGGAUCUCAACCCUAUUGAGCUGUUGUGGGAGCAGCUUGACCGUAUGGUACGUAAGAAGUGCCCAUCAAGCCAAUCCAACUUGUGGAAGGUGCUUGAGGAAGCAUGAGGUGAAAUCUCUUCAGAUUACCUCAAUAAAUUGACAACUAGAAUGCCAAAGGUCUGCAAGGCUGUUAUUGCUGCAAAUGGAGGAUUCUUUGACGAAAGCAAAGUUUGAAGGAGACAAUUAUUAUUUCUAUUAAAAAUCAUUAUUUCUAACCUUGUCAAUGACUACAUUUCCUGUGCAUGUUGCUAUAUUUCCUAUUCAAACUCAUUUCAUGUAUGUUUUCAUGGAAAACAAGGACAUUUCUAAGUGACCCCAAACUUUUGAACGGUAGUGUACAUCAUACACACAUACACAGACAAGUCAGCUCAGCAGAUUUUAAUUUAAAAUGGAAAAUGAAAGUGUUUAUGCAACAAAUGUUAUAGCAUCAAAUCGUAUCCCACCGAACCGCAUCGAUUCAUUCCUCUAAUCAAACCGAAUCACACCGAAUCAUUUCAAAUUAUAAAGUAUCGUAUCGAAGCCCAUGUAUCUAGAUACGUAUCGAAUCAUCUUGAAAGGCAAAGAUGCAUAUCCCUAGUGUAUGGACUUUAAAUGAGUGGAUACUGUAUGCGUUGGUGAGAUUUUGUUAAUAAAUGUCAAUGGGUAGUCCUCUUGAAAUGUAAUUAGUCUUGUGUGCAGCUAAUAUCUAGCCUACUUAUUCCUGUGUAUGUGAUUGACAGGUAGCCCAUUUGGAGCGUACGGGCCACUACCUGACUGUGAAGGACAACCAGGUGGUCCAGCUGCACCCCUCCACUGUGCUGGACCGCAAGCCGGAGUGGGUGAUGUACAAUGAGUUUGUGCUGACCACCAAGAACUACAUCCGCACCUGCACCGACAUCAAACCAGAGUGGUAAGCUCACUGCUUGCCUAGCCCUAGGUCCGUCUUGUCUAGUGUGUGUCCUGGCUAUAGUCGGUCCUCUCCUAGAUGUCUGUGUAUGUGCUUGCCUGCAGUCAACCCGCCUGCUCCUAGAUCCAUAUUUCUUCUAGACCGGUGAGAAUGUGAGUACGGGUGUGUAAACAAGCAGUCAGCCCGCUCCUUGUGUGUGUGUGUGACACUCAGUGUCCGCAUUGUUUGAUUACGUGGGUUUUUCUCUUUUCAUGUCUUUGUACUUCUGUCUGUUUGUGCUUGCGCAUUUGUGUCAGAUGAAGUGUGUCUGCACCAAUCUCUCUCUGUCUCUGUGUGUGUGUGCGAACCUUCCUUCUCUUUCACUCAAACACACAUGUACACACACACAAUCGCAGACACAUUUCAUGACUGUUUACUUGUCCUUUCCCAGGCUGGUGAAAAUCGCCCCGCAGUACUAUGAGAUGGGUAACUUCCCCAACUGUGAAGCCAAGAGACAGUUGGAGCGCAUCGUUGCUAAACUCUCAACCAAGGAAUACUCUCAGUACUAACACUAUACGUUUGUAUGAGAACAAACCAUCACCACCAGCACUAAGGAAAUCUGAAGUCUUUAUCUGAGCACUCUUAAUUUUCUUCUCAUUGGAUCAUGAUGUAUUAUUUUCAUAUUUUCAUACUUUUUGUUUGGCUCCUCCUCCUUUAUUUGACCACCUGUAGUCAUUGUGAUUAACAGGUGGUUGGCACUGCGGCUGAUCCGGGUGGGAGUCAACACAAUUAUUGCCAUUGACCAUGGUAAAGCAUUACCAUUUAUGUAGAUGUUGACAUUCCUUUUUAGAACGCGUGAACUCUUACUGAAAUGUACUUAGGUAGAGACAUUCCAUGCUAAUUCAUUGAACAAACUUUGACUUCAAUUUAAGGAAAAAUACCAGCGUCGACAGUUUAGCACCCACCGUCUUGCUUGUAUAGCUACCAGACUUUGGUGUUAUGUUAGGGGGAUGGGCUCAGCAGGUUGAAAUGUUACAAAUGUGAUUGUCUUGUGUUUUAUAUAUAUUUUGAGGUUGGAAUAAUACUGUAAAAAUGAUAAUGCCCUUUUAGUGUAAGAGCUGUUUGAAAAGACAGCCUGAAAUGUCAUCCUGUUUUGUAAAUUAGUUGAUAGACCAAUAAGAAAGAGGUGCAAACCUCUCUGCCAAUAACAGCUAGUUUUCCGUUUUCCCCUCGCCACUCAGACCACUCCCAGACAGUCCUAGCAAAAUUCUUGCUUGAGAAAUUGCUUUCUUUUUGACCAUUUUAAUUGAAAACAAUCACAGUAAGGUACUUCAUUGUUACCCAGAAAGGUUUGAUAUUGAUAUAAAAACGGAUGCAUUGGGCUUUUAAUGUAUUUUAAUGUGAAUGGACACAAGGGCGCUCCCCUUGUGUGAACAAAUAUGGUGUCAUUAUAGGGGUGUGCGGACUGGUAAAUUACCGGGUCAUCCAUUUUAAAAUCACAUGAAUAAACUGUAAGAACUUUAAUGGCCUUUGCAUUUUUGGCUUUUCAAGCUUGGCCUUUGAAGUCAAUGUCUGAGUUCUUUAUUUUUUUAUUUUUUUUAGGUAUUGAUGUAGUGUAUAUAGAUAUGUAUGUAUGUAUGUAUACUGAACAAAAAUAUAAACGCAACAUGCAACAAUUUCAAAGAUUUUACUGAGUUACAGUUCAUAUAAGGAAAUCAGUCAAUUUAAAUAAAUAAAUUAGGUCUUAAUCUAUGGAUUUCACAUGACUGGGAAUACAGAUAUGCAUCUGUUGGUCACAGAUACACUAUAUAUACAAAAGUAUGUGGACACCCCUUCAAAUUAGUGGAUUCGGCUAUUUCAGCCACACCCUUGCUGACAAAUGUAUAAAAUUGAGCACACAGCUAUGCAAUCUCCAUAGACAAACAUUGGCAGUAGAAUGACCUUACUGAAGAGCUCAGUGACUUUCAAUGUGGCACCGUCAUAGGAUGCCACCUUUUCAACAAGUCAGUUCGUCAAAUGACCGGGGCAGCUGUAGCAGGGCAGACAACUGUAAGUGCUGUUAUUGUGAAGUGGAAACGUCCAGGAGCAACAACAGUUCAGCCGCGAAGUGGUAGGCCACACAAGCUCACAGAACCGGACUGCCGAGUGCUGUAGCGCGUAAAAAUCAUCUGUCCUCGGUUGCAACACUCACUACCGGGAUCCAAACUGCCUCUGGAAGCAACGUCAGCACAAUAACUGUUCAUCAGGAGCUUCAUGGGGUUUCCAUGGCCGAGCAGCUGCACACAAGCCUAAGAUCACCAUGCGCAAUGCCUAGCGCGACUGAGUGGUGUAAAGCUCGCCGCCAUUGGACUCUGGAACAGUGGAAACGCGUUCUCUGGGGUGAUGAAUCACGCUUCACCAUCUGGCAGUCCGACGGACAAAUCUGGGUUUGGCAGAUGCCAGGAGAACGCUACCUGACCGAAUGCAUAGUGCCAACUGUAAAGUUUGGUGGAGGAGAAUUACUGGUCUGCGGCUGUUUUUCAUGGUUCAGGCUCCUUAGUUCCAGUAAAGGGAAAUCUUAAUGACAUUCUAGAUGAUUCUGUUCCAACUUUGUGGCAACAGUUUGGGGAAGGCCCUUUCCUGUUUCAGCAUGAUAAUGCACCCUUGCACAAAGCGAGGUCCAUACAGAAAUGGUUUGUCGAGAUCGGUGUGGAAGAACUUCACUGGCCUGCACAGAGCCCUGACCUCAACCCCAUCGAACACCUUUGGGAUGAAUUGGAACGCCGACUGCGAGCCAGGCCUAAUCGCCCAACAUCAGUGCCCGACCUCACUAAUGCUCGUGGCUGAAUGGAAGCAAGUCCCUGCAGCAAUGUUCCAACAUCUAGUGGAAAGCCUUCCCAGAAGAGUGGAGGCUGUUAUAGCAGCAAAGGGGGGACCAACUCCAUAUUAAUGCCCAUGAUUUUGGAAUGAGCUGUUUGACAAGCAGGUGUCCACAUACUUUUGGUCAGAAAACCAGUCUGUAUCUGGUUUGACCACCAUUUGCCUCAUUUAGCACAACAUAUCUCAUUGAUUAGGCUGUUGAUUGUGGCCUGUGGAAUGUUGUUCCACUCUUCUUCAAUGGAUGUGCGAAGUUGCUGGAUAUUAGCUGGAACUGGAACACGCUGUCUUACACGUCGAUCCAGAGCAUCCCAAACAUGCUCAAUAGGAGACAUGUCUGGUGAGUAUGCAGGCCAUGGAAGAACUGGGACAUUUGCAGCUUCCAGGAAUUGUGUACAGAUUCUUGCGACAUGGGGCCAUGCAUUAUCAUGCUGAAACAUGAGGUGAUGGAGGCGGAUGAAUGGCACGACAAUGGACCUCCAGGAUCUCGUCACAGUAUAUCUGUGCAUUCAAAUUGCCAUUGAUAAAAUGCAAUUGUGUUCGUUGUCCAUAGCAUCUGCCUGACAAUACCAUAACCCCACCAAGGGACACUCUGUUAGAAUGUUGACAUCAGCAAACCGCUCGCCCACACGACACCAUACACGUGGUCUGCGGUUGUGAGACCGGUUGGACGUACUGUCAAUUCUCUAAAACGACGUUGGAGAUGGCUUAUGGUAAUGAAACAAACAUUCAAUUCUCUGGCAACAGCUCUGGUGGAUAUUCCUACAGUCAGCAUGCCAAUUGCAUCCUCCCUCAACUUGAGACAUCUGUGGUGUUUGACAAAACUGCAUAUUUUAAAGUGGCCUUUUAUUGUCCCUAGCACAAUGUGCACUUAUGUAAUGAUCAUGCUGUUUAAUCAGCUUCUUCAUAUUCUUCACCUGUCAGGUGGAUGGAUGAUCUUUGCAAAGGAGAAAUGCUCACUAACAGGGAUGUAAACAAAUUUGUGCACAAAAUUUGAGAUAAAUAAGCUUUUUAUGCAUAUGGAACAUUUCUGGGAUCUUUUAUUUCAGCUCAUGAAACAUGAGACCAACACUUUACAUGUUGCGUUUAUAUUUUUGUUCAGUGUAUAUCAGCCAAUAACUGGAUAAUUCCAGAUAUCACCGUUAGUCUGAAAGUAAUCAUAGACAAGUUAAUACAAAUGUUUGAGGGUGAAAUCGAUGUGAAAAUCGCUGCCCGCAUCUCUGUUGGAGUGGUAGGGUCUUUAGUUGCAUAAAAUUGCUCAAGCUUUUGUCAAGCCACUGAUGAGGCUGCAUAAUCAUUUGAAACAGGACCCAUUAACAUCCUAAACGUUCUUCAGUACACUUCCUAAUUUUUCAUCAGGAUUGGACAACUAGUUCUUAUCAAACUUUGAACAGAAAUGAAUUGAAUAUUUAUUUGCUUCUCUAGCCAAGAAAGUUUGAUGAGCCCUGGAGAAGUUUCUUAGAGAGCUCCCCUGUCAUCCUAUGGGUCAGCAGCCCAAAUGAAGCACGUCGCUGUGUGAGGCGGCGCGUAAAGCCACAAGAAAUUGGAUGCAGGACUCCUCAGAGAUGAGAGCCUUGAAGACAGGGCUGUUCCCCAGGCUCAGGUCAGCCCAGGUCCCAAAGAAGGCUAGCCCAACUGGGGGAGCAUCUUGGGUCCUUCUACCCCUGAAGGCACCCUCGUGGCUGCUUUGGGUUGAGGGGGUUUCGCAGUGUGUGUCCAGCUUCGGCUGGCUCUGUUUGAGGCUC